CGAACAUAACCAAACUAUGCAAGCAAAACAAAUCAUUUGUGUCACCUGUCAAAAAAAACUCAAACAUUCAGUGCUACCAACAUGGAAAAAUAAAAUUACCCAUUUAUACCAAUAAUCGAUUGGUACGAGGUGCUGUCAAUAUAUCAGGCGCUAAGUCAAAUGAAAUUUCGAAAACUGACGUUGGAUUCGAAUUUUAAUGCGAAAAGUUUUCAAAGAUAAGUUUACCGGCACGAAGAACCUCGUCAGGUGAGCCAUCCGCGACUGAUCGCCGCGUAUCGUAACGCUAACUCGCUUCCAGGAAAGUCCUAUCGAAACCCAGUUCGUCGUCUCAUGAAUCCAUAUCGGACGCCGUAGAUUCGCUACAAGGCCGAAUGGAGCAGGAGAUGCUUUUGAAAACCGAACUAGACGCUCUCAAAGACCAAAUAACGAACUUGAAAGCGGCCAUUCAAGCGCUGCAAAGCGAGUCCGAGCAAAAGGACGUUUCCAUCGCGAAUCUGGCCCGAGACAAGGAGAAAAUCACGCUGGACCUCUUGCGGACGAAACGGUCCAACGGCAACCUGGCCAAGCAGCUCGAGGACGAGCGCAAAUUCUAUUUCAAAGAGAAAGAAAUCUACUGUCACGAGAUGAACGAGUGCAAGCGCUUGAAGAAGCUGCUGAGCGAAUCCACCGUAGGGCAGCAGGAAAGGGCCGUCGAAGAGUACAAAAACGAAGUGGCCAGACUCAAGCAAACCUUGAACCAAACGCUCGAGGCCAAUUACAAUUUGAGCAUCAAAUUUCUACGCAUGAAAAACACGAAAACCUGCCUCAAAACCGAGCUGCAAACCAUGCAACUCGAACACGAAAAGCUUACGAACGAGUACAAAUCGAAAAUCGAAUGCCUAAACACCGAACUCAACGAGGCUCUAACCGAGAAAAUCCGCGAGACCCUCUCACCCAGCAGCAAAAAAUACCUCCAGCUGGUGAAGCAGAACAGCUGCUUGGUGUACGAGAACCUCUGCCUGCAGCUGGAAGUCGACAAUUUGAACUACAAAUUGGAGAAGCUCGAGCUGAAAAAGAGCAAGAGCGCGACGAACGAGCGUUUAUCUUACAUUCCCCAUCGGUUCCCCGUGGAUUUGAGGGACCCCAAGGAGCUGUACGCGGACGAAACGCCGGAGAAGCUGGCCAACGACGAGCCGAAGCCGUGCUGCAGCAAAACCGGCGAAUACGAGACGAUCAAGUUGUACGAAAGGGCGACACCGGCGUCGCGGCGGAAGGAGAAGAAGCGCAAAAGCAAGGCGAAAACGGAGGAAUCGAAGAAGAAGAGCGUCAAAUCGCAAACGUCGAUCGUCAGCGAGUUAUUGUCGAAUUGUAAAAUCAACGUAGACGAUAGCUACAAAGAGAAAAUAUCGAAAUACAAACCGUCUAAGUUGGCCCUUUUUCAGGUAUCUAACGUUACUUCUUACACGUCCACGAACGUCGUGGGCUCGCUGAAACGGGCCCGAUCCUCGCCUGAUAUCCUACAAACCUGUAAUUUACCUUAGUAAUUGCGUUUUUUU